CUUACCGAGAUGAGACAAGCGCAUGGCAAGAGACUAGCCUAACACACGCUCCAACCCAAGCGUCAACGGAGUCCUGUUGUCACAAAAUAGUGUAGCAAGGGGACUCUCUUGCACGGCUCCCAAGUCUCAAAUUCCUUGGCUAUUUUUCCAUGAAUAUUAACAACUGUCUGCGAGCACAAAGCCGGGUAUAUGCAGUGUAUCGAUAUCAAUGAUUUCGAAUCGAGAUAUCGGCUUUUUCAGCCUGGACUGUUUAUAAAACGACAGGGAGGGUGCCUUCUGGACACGAAGCCUCAGCCUUCAGGAGGAAGACAUCAGGAAGCCGCUUUCUUGCUCCAGUGCUGAAGUUCCCCUGUGAAGAUGGGUGUCUGUGAGCAGUUGUGCAACCUGUUGGCUGUAGUAGUGGUGCUGUUGCCUUUAUGUACUGCAGAACUAGUGGACAUCAGUCUAUAUCAUAGUACUGUAGUAGAUAUCCACAAUGAAAUAAGAAGAGAAGUUGGGGCUUCGGACAUGCAGAAAAUGGUGUGGGAUGAUGGUGUCGCGAAGGAGGCUGAGAACUGGGUGAAGUAUUGUCGAUAUGAGCGUGCUCCUUCCCACAUCAGCGGAUGUGGUCAGAACCUGUACUAUGCACCCCACAUGGUCCGCACCUGGGAAGGAAUUGACCGUACUGUGCACAAGGCUGUCACGUCCUGGAAGAAUGAUCAACUCUACUUCCGGUAUGGAACAGAUUGUGGCAGUGCCUGCGCAUAUUCGCAGGUGGUGUGGUCCACAUCCAGCAACAUUGGCUGUGCUAUGCACAGAUGCCCACGAAUGAAGACUGGUGCUUAUGAGAAGCGUUAUACAACAAUCUUCGCAUGCUUCUAUUCCCCAAAGGGUGAAAUGACAAAUGACUUUCCCUUUACCCCUGGCGUAGCCUGUUCGCUCUGCCCUGCGGGGAUGGUCUGUGAAGCAGAUCUGUGUGUCCCGGGUGUAAUGAUACAGUCAUCGCAAGCACAAAACCUUCUCGGGCCUGAAGUUGCUCCCGGGGGUAGUGGAGUAGCCAACGUUCCCGAGAGAGUGCCCGCCAUUGAACCGCCCGUGGUUGUUCCCUCGGUCUGUAUCCCCUCCAUGACAACCCAGGAGGUGCACUUUGUCCUGCUCGUCACAAACAACCUGAGGGCCAGGGAAAUGGCUGCUCCACUGACUUGGAGUGAUGAGCUGGAGCAAUGGGCCCAGUACGUCAUCCGCUGCGAUAUUGAAUACCCGGGACCUCGCACUGCCUACACCAACUUUGGCAAAACAGGCGCAGCCACCCUUCUGUACGAGCUGGUGUAUGAGUGGGGAGACGAGGGAAGCAACACCGGCAUCACACUGGUGACAGGCGGGUGUCGGACACCGAGCGAUGCUGCAACAUGCAACCACAACACCAAUCUGAUGUCAAUAACCAACACCAGAAUGGGCUGUGCUGCCUGCGUGUGUGGUCUCCAGCGACAGUUCACCUGCAUCUACGACUCUCGGUGAAAUCUCAACAAUUCCAAGCGUCGACAAGUGCAGCUAAAUUUACUAACGCUACCAAGCUGACGCAUGUCACAGCCGCGGACCCAGUGGAGGUUUAAUGUGUUUUCGACAUAAGUAGAAAGAAAGGGACUGUUUAUUUGUGGUAGAUUGCCUGUAUGAAGAAAUUCAGUCGUGUUUUGGAACUUUUUUAAAUGUUCCUUGCUGUGCGCAGUGAAUGAUAUGUUGAAAUAUUAGAAUCAUUUAGAAAAUAUCAGUUAGCUCGUUUGGAAUCAACCCGUGGUAACUAAUACAUUCACAUAGCAUAUUUGUAUUGAUCCGGUCAUUUGUACAAAUAUGUCUUAGUGUGAUACUUCAUUAUUAAUUUUUUUCCCAAAUCUUCAAUUCCAGCUGUAAGCACGACGCGAUGAUUUUGUCGGGAAUAAGGAACAUUCACCUACCUCACUUUCCUAUAUGUUUAUGUAAACUGAAAUCUCCAGGCUUUAAUUUUGACUAAGAGGGCAAGGUCACUUCAACGUAUCUUGCCACAGGUUACAAAACUUUCAUGUUAAUCUAGAGUAGGAAGUUAGAUAUAGACAACCACGGUUCGGUAGAAUGAAACCAUAUCACUUUGGUCAGCUUCUAAUUAUGAAACCAAAUCCACCAAGUCUUUUGCACUGUAGACCAUUACUCCACCGUUCCUUUAAAGACUUAUAUAUGGCACUAAUCACAUCCAACUAACUCAUGUAUGGUCUGUUAAAUUGUAACUUAACAAGUUCACUUUUUAUUGUUACAUACUUACAUAGAUACCUUUCAUUUCAUUUCAUAAAUUUGAUAUUACUAAUUUAUGCAUUUAUAUUGUAACACGUAUUUAUGAAUUUUUCAUCUCUUAUUUCUUUAUCAUGAACGUCUAUCAAUAAAGUAUAUUUUGACAAAUA